AUGUCUGAAAGCAAGCUUGUGUUCUUCAAGCCUACACUUGAACAUGUGAUACCGUGGAAAAGAUAUCAGUUAGAGCAACCGAAGGUGCUGGUCAACAACGAGCUCUAUGAUGAUAAAGAAGGCAAGUUGAUUCUAUAUGGUGGUGGGAGAGAGUUUCUGUUAAGAGACAUAGACAGAGGUGAAGAGGUAGAAGUAGAGGUUUACAUCCUUGAAGGGCGGUUAAUGCUCUGGAUCAAACAUCCUGAUAUUAACAAAGGUGUAGAGAUACCGAAUAGUAGUAUAAUAUAUCAUGGCUCAAGGAUCAACUACGAAGGUCGUGAUGGACAUCGACUAGAGUUGGUCGUGAGUGUCUGCAGGGACAAGAUCAUAGACGAACUAUUCGGCAGCGAUAAAUCACGUGACACUGAUAUAUAUGGUGGCACUGUCCUUAAUGGUGGUAACGAACUCAAUGCAGGCCAUGAGGGCUCCAGUAGAGGUGUUUCUGAAGAGCUGCCGAUGUAUACGCUUUCGAGUGUUGAGUUAGUGCUGAGGCCGAAAUAUUCCAGUUUUGAUAGAUAUUACAGUGAGGAGAUAGAGCAGCUGUUUACAUUUGACAAUUUUGGACUGAACCGUGGUGAUGAUCUGAUAGAGAACUGUCACAAUCAGCUGGCAUUGAGUAUUGAGCACAGUGCGCAAGAGGAAGAGGUAUUGUCAUCAGAUAAUGCUGGGAUGAACGAACAGCCAGGAGAACCUACAUCUAUGAGCACACUUUUAAACAGCAUGAACUCAACGAAUGGUAUGUAUCCUACAAACAUCGCACAGUCCGACCAGCGAUUUGAGAAUUCUAAUAGCGAUACGCCAGUUAUCGGUAAUACCGGCAACUGCGAUGAUUUAGAUGAUAUGAAUUUUGGGAUGGAGAUCGGCGAUGCUUCAAGUUUUGCAAUCGAGCAGAACCAGCUCAACCCUGCAUCGGCUAUUCUAGGGAGACGCAGCCGUGAUUCUUAG